AUGUCCAUCCGUCGACUCUCACAGGGAAAGGCAGAACGAAAAGAUCCGGCUGAGGAAUCCGAGCAAAAAUCACAGAUCGCGAAUUUCGAGCAACCGACUACAAGCGGCUCCACUUCCGGUAUUUCGGAAAAAUCCGUUACAGCCAAAUUGAAGAACACAACGGAACCAAAUUCCUCGUCGAACGGCGAUUCAGCGAACGACGAAGUGAAUGCUGACUUGGUCUUUGAAGCUGCUCUGCUGAAUUACGGCAGUCGGAAGUGUUUCAUGCUGGGCUUAUUUCUGCUCUGCACAUCCCCCGGAAUUCUGAAUGGGUUCCACGUGAUGGUGUACGUAUUUUACGGGUACACACCGCAGCAUUGGUGCGCCAUUCCCGUUCUGGAAAAAGCUGGAUGGACACCGGAACAAAUUCGUAAUAUCUCUAGUCCAAAACCCGGUGAUUGGUCGAAUUGCGAAUACUACAAACGAAACUACGCCGCGUUGGAGAAAAUGAGCUACCAACAAGCGAUGAGAAACGUGGAAUCGCAAACAAAACGUCACAUUUUAACAGACUGUAUCGAAUUCAGCUACGAUCUCAAGGAUGCGCAGGGUACCUCGGUGGUCACAGAGGUGAGAUAACAGCAAGCGGGCCGAGUUCGCGGGGGAAACAAGAUGA